GCCCCGGCCUCUGGCCUCCCGGCGCCGUUGCUGCCGACUCCACAGGUAUAUGGCACCCGCGCCCAGCAGCAGGGGUGCCCCGACCGCCAGAGCCAGCUGCCAUCGCGGCAGCCCCCCCGUGCCCGGGCCCGCAGUCCCGCCGCCGCCCACCCCACUCCCGGAGCUCGGUACAGCGGCUGCGACCACCGCCGCCUCCACAGGUUUAGAGGCGGCCAUGACAAGUGUCCUCUGCCACCGCCUCCCUGUCUGUCGCGAGCGCCACAAUCACCAAACAGCGUGCGAAGGAAGACCGAGGGAGGGAAGGAAAGCAAUGAGCGAGCGAGCACGCUAGGCAGAGAGAGCGGACGACAGAAAAGGGCCAGAGGUCACCGGAAGCCCAGGGCAUGCCGGGCCAGACCUGGCCGUCCUUCUCCUCCAGUCUCAACCGAAGAGGGAGAGGAGGGGCGGAAAUCACUUCCGGGUUAAGGGAAAGCGUGGGUGUGAGUGGGAGUCCUCGGAAACCCUUUUUCUUUCUUUUCGCCCCGCUGCUGUUCGGGAGAUUGACUUCCGGAGUCCCCGUCGUAGCUGGUGUUGUCCCCUCUACCUUCAGGAAAGAAGGGCAGAUGGCCCUCUUGCCUACUGAAGCCGAGGAGGAGCGCGUAUACAGCGGGCUAAGGGCGCUCAAGAGAUCCGAGUGGAAGAAAAAGCAGCGCCACAGCACUGGAAUGGGCGGGAGUGGCAGAAGAGUUGUGAAGGCUAUUGGCUAGCAAGGGUGGUGGGCGGGGCGUAGACCGAGCUACCCAGUUUCCUGGUCGAUUUCGGAUCCAGUUUUCCAGUUAUAGCCACGUUGGCACCUCUUGAACCUCUGAGGCCGUUAGCACGGUUUUCUGCCCGCGUGCCCGAGAAACCAACGGAUUAGAAGGACUUUUAAAGAUGUGUGAGGAAAGAGCUCACCGCUGAAGAAGGCUGCUGCAUCACUGAACUUCUUAUCACUAACAUAGCCAGAUUUUAGUUUGGACGAAUUUGAGGUUAUAGGGGAGAUAGCGAUGGCAGAAGACUAGGUGGAAAUGGCACAUCUAGGUUGGCUCCAGUCGAAACGGUUUGAGCGUGGUCGCUGUGGCUCAUCGUCGGCACCAAUUAACGAAGCGAUGACAUCUGCGUUGUUAGGGGUUUCUUAAACUGAGUUGGUAGAAAUGCGAAGCGUCAGGGUUCCCGCCGGCUUCGAGCCUUUCUUGGCGUAUUUGUAUCUUGAGCUGAUUUCUGCGUCAGCCCACAUCUCGCUCUGAUCCGCACACCCGCCGGGUUGUUUUGCAGUAGCAGUCUCAGCCCUCUUCUCGUCUCAUUCCCAAAUCGUAAUUUCAGUUCACAGCUUUUUAUCUAUAAUAGCUUUAUCAACUCUUUUUCCGAUGCUCUGCACCAGAUCUCUUAAAAUAUAAAAUUACCUUGCAAGGUAUUGUUUGGAAUACACGGUAUUUUCAUGAAGACAACUAUUAAUAGAAAAAUCAGAGUCCAGAACUAUGGUUCUCCAUUUCUGGUAUACUGGUUUGCAGAAGCCUUACAUUAAAAUUUCAUAAAUGAUUGUUUUGCUGUUAAGUGCAACAACAUCUCAGUAGAGCUACAUAAAGAUUGAAAGGAGAUAUUUUAUCAAGUGGCACCAGAAUGGACUGAUUAAAAUAGAAUGGCCUAAUUGGAAAGAAUUUCAGGAUCACCGGUUUCUCCUGCUUCAUGGACAGGCCUUCAGUAUUUGGCAUCACCUUUACAUGGAGCACAAAGAUGAUGAUGAUGAUGAUGUGUCUUUUGCCAAAUGGAUGAGCAGCUUCUGGGGCCACAGCUGGAGAGAGGAGGAUCAGAGAGGACUCCGGGAACGCCACCGACUGCAAGCCACCAGUCACAGGAAAACCUCCCUGCCCUGCCCACUUCCUGUGCUUCCCAGAAUUCCAUCAUCUGACCGCCAUCCUAGAAGGCAUUCUCAUGAGGACCAGGAAUUCCGAUGCCGAUCGUCUGACCGUCUUCCUAGAAGGCAUUCUCAUGAGGACCAAGAAUUUCGAUGCCAUAGCCACGUACGGGAUUACAGAAAAUACUCAGAGGAUGGGUCAUUCAAGGAGCCACUGGAAUCAAAAGGAAGAUCCCAUUCCAAAAUUGAGAAAUUUUCAGAGUCCUUUGAACGGCAACUGUGCUUUAGAACCAAACGUUCUGCCUCUUUGGGACCUGAAAGCAGAAAGGAGAGAAAUGAAAGAGAAUGCCUGAGGAUGGAGAUAAAAUCCCGAAAGAAAGUAGAGGAAGAAAGGAGCUCUAGGAAAGAAGAACAUGGAGAAGCACACAUGGCUCCCCUGUUUGAAAAAGGGCCUGAAUAAUACUCUGCUUCCGCCUCAUGACAUCAGAUGCUACUGUUAUGGUUUUUUUCUUUGAGCCCCAAUUCACCAUUUCAGGAUGUGGAUGGGGGCGGGGUUGGGGGUAAAACCAGCUAUAAAAAGCAACUGCAGAUGCUGACUGACUGCAGUGGGCAGGGUAUGUAGCUGCUGCAAGAUGACUUGCAUCAUACCCCAAUUACUGCUGGCAUCUUAGUUGAGAGUAUAAUCUGCUUGGUUGCCUUUUUAUGGGAAUAAAGAGAAUAAAAGGUAUUUUAAUAGAAUAAAGAAAAUUUGAAAAUAUAAUGGAAGGUAUUUAAAGAGCCACCCACAUAGCUUCACCAACCCUUCUUACACAUCAACUCAUAAAUCAUCUUAAAUAAAAGUCAUUGGUAUGA